AUGAAAGUGUUAACGUGUAUUUAUUUAGUAAUUUUAAAUGGAAUAUUGUUAGUUGAUUCCUUUAAAAUCCUCAUGAUGUUUAAUUUUUUUGGAAAAAGCCAUUAUUUUUCAGGAAAAUCACUUGCAAAAGGUCUUGCGAAAGCUGGACAUGAAGUUACUCUAGUAAGUCUUUUUAAGGAUACAGAUAAUGUGAAGGCGUAUACAGAACUAGUCUUGGAAGGAGUACAUGAACAACUAGGAAUUAACUCAAGCUUGACUGAAAUGGUCAGUGAUUCAACUGCUGUAAAUACAGUGAUAGGAGUUGCAUAUUUAAGCAAACUUAUUACUGAAAUAACUCUAGGGCAUAAGAAAUUUCAAAGUUUGCUAAAAUCGAACCAAACAUUUGAUCUUAUUAUUCAGGAAGACUUAUACAACGAUGCGCUUAAAGGUCUAUCAUGGCGUUAUAAUGCACCAAUAAUACUGUUUAGCGUAUUUUCAUCCACAAAUCAUCUAGUAUCAGUAACUGGCAGUUCAGCUCCGUCGUCUUACGUACCUAAUAUUUGGUCUAGGUUUUCCUACCCAAUGACGUUUUGGCAAAGAUCGAUGAAUUUAUUUUUGAACACUAUGGAAAGCAUUCUACUAAACUUCAAUACAUAUGUUCUUCAUCAAUGGAUAUUGGACAAAUAUUUUCUAGGUGCUCCUAAUAUAGACACGCUAAAUAAAAACGUGGCUUUAAUAUUCGUUAACAACCAUGAAAGUAUUGUUCCUGCAAUGCCACAAGUGCCCAAUAUGGUAAACAUUCUGGGUUUCCAUUUAAAGGAAAAUAACAAACUACCAAAUGAGUUACAAGAAUUUAUGGAUGAAGCAAAAUAUGGUGUCAUUUUAUUUAGUUUUGGAACUUUUAUUAAUGUAUCAGAAAUUAACAAUGACACUAAAGUGAUAUUUUUAAAGUCUUUUGGAAAAUUAAAACAAAAAGUAAUAUGGAAAUCUGAUGAAUAUAUUAUAGAAAAACCUGAUAAUGUCAGAACAGAAAAAUGGAUUCCUCAAGAAGAAAUUUUAGCCCAUCCCAAUUGCAAACUGUUUAUAACCCACGGUGGCUUCAAUAGUGUGAUCGAAACAAUUUACCACGCAGUGCCUGUGUUAGCGAUGCCUUUAAUAGGAGAUCAACACUUGAAUGCAGCCCGAAUAGUAGAUCUAAAUAUAGGGCUUAGUACUUCUUUUAGAGGAAUAACUGAAGAAAUCCUUGAUUCUUUAUUAGAAGAACUUCUAACUAAUAAUAUAUAUCAAGAAAAUGUUAGGAGAAGAUCUAACCUUCUUAAAGACAGACCAGUAAAACCUAUGGAUUUAGUUACAUAUUGGGUGGACUAUGUGAUACGUCAUAAAGAUCUAUCUCAUAUGAGGCUUUCGGGCAUAGAUUUGGCAUGGUACCAAUACUAUUCUGUAGAUGUAUUAUUCGUGUGGGGAGGAGGUUUUAUGGCUGUGAUAUUUUUAUUACGUAGAUUUUUUAAUAUAUAUGUAUAUAAGUACUUUAAAAAUUCAAAAGUUAAAACUAAUUAA